AGUUUUUAUUUUACACAAUGGUGGACCCAAACCACCCUUGACUGUCUGUAAUCUAACAACUCUGAACAUUAGUCCACCAGAACCAUUUGCCAAUCUCUCACCUGACUGCCGACCUAUUGCUACCAAAUCCCGCUGAUACAGCCAGGAGGAUUCUAAUUUCAUUGAUGCAGAGGUGGAACGGUUACUUAGAGAAGGAAUAAUCGAGCCAAGUAAUUCUCCUUGGCGUGCUCAAGUUGUUGUAACGAAAGAUGAAAAUCACAGGAAAAGAUUAGCCAUUGAUUACUCACAAACUAUCAACAAGUUCACUCUCCUUGAUGCAUUCCCACUGCCAAGAAUAACUGACAUAGUAAACCAGAUCGCCCAGUACCAACGAGAAAUGAUGAAAUUUGUACAAGAGGAGAAUCUGAAGGCUGUUUUCGCAUACCUUGAUAACAUCACCAUAUGUGGCAAAGAUCAAGAUGAUCAUGAUGUCAAACUGGAUGCAUUUCUCAAGGCAGCUCAGCGAAAGAACAUUACAUACAAUGAUGAUAAGAGUGUCUUCUCGACAAGACGUCUUCAAAUUCUUGGUUAUGUUAUAGAGGAUGGCACUAUUCGUCCUGAUCCUGAACGUCUCCGACCAUUGCAUGAGCUUCCUGUACCACACGACUCAAAGUCUUUAAACAGAUGCUUGGGACUAUUUUCAUAUUACUUCCAAUGGGUCCCUGCCUAUUCUGACCGCAUCAAGCCUAUUACCUCCUGCAAGGCGUUUCCCCUGAGUCAGCAAGCAAUAGAAGCCUUCGAAAGCAUAAAGUACACAAUAGAAGAAGCCACCAUUACAGCUAUCAAUGAGGAUAUUCCAUUUGAGGUGGAAACAGAUGCCUCGGAUGUCGCCUUAGCUGCUACACUUAGCCAACAAGGUCGUCCAGUCGCAUUCUUCUCAAGAACCCUUCAAGGUAGCGAACUCAAGCAUGCUGCUGUGGAAAAGGAGGCACAAGCUAUUGUCGAGUCGGUACGCCAUUGGAGGCAUUUCCUAACUGGAAGGCAUUUCAUUCUUAAAACUGAUCAAAAGUCGGUGUCUUAUAUGUUUGACAAGCAGCACAAGGGGAAAAUAAAGAACGAUAAAAUCAUGCGAUGGAAACUCGAACUUUCCUGCUAUAAUUUUGAUAUAGUCUACCGUCCAGGCAAGGAAAAUAUUCCUGCUGACACCUUCUCUCGAGCUACCUGUGCUGCUUCCUCAUAUCAAGAGUCUGGACUUCGCAACUUACAUGAUGCCCUCUGUCAUCCUGGCAUCACUAGAAUGUGGCACUUUGUCCGCUCAAAGAACCUGCCCUAUUCUCUUGAAGACGUUAAGAGAAUCACCAGUACUUGUGGAAUCUGCAAUGAAUGCAAACCUCGGUUUCAUCAGCCACCAAAAGUGCACCUUAUCAAAGCCACACAACCCUUCGAAAGGGUUAACAUUGACUUCAAAGGAUCAUUACCAACUACUAACAAGAACAAAUAUUUCUUGAACAUUGUUGAUGAAUUCUCAAGAUUCCCUUUUGUUUUUCCAUGCGCUGACGUGUCAACCCCAACAGUAAUCAGAUGCCUCACUUCACUUUUCUCUAUCUUUGGAAUGCCAGCCUAUAUUCACUCAGACCGUGGUGCAUCGUUCAUGAGUAGAGAGCUGCAAACUUUCUUGAUGGAAAGAGGAAUUGCCACGAGCCGAACUACCAGUUAUAACCCUACGGGAAACGGCCAAGUUGAAAGGUACAAUGGUACUGUUUGGCAGGCAAUAACAACAUGUCUUAAGUCUAGAAACAUGGGCAAAGAACACUGGCAAGAGGUCCUUCCAGAUGUUCUUCACUCUAUCCGCUCACUCUUGUGCACCGCUACUAAUGAAACGCCUCAUGACCGUUUUUUUGGUUUCCCACGAAAAUCAUCCUCUGGUACUUCUGUACCCUCAUGGUUGACAUCUGGUGGAUCCGUCUACCUGAAGCGACAUGCCCGCUCAAGUAAGUUUGAGCCGUUGGUUGAAGAAGUUGAGCUCCUCCAGGCCAGCCCACAAUAUGCUCAUGUUCGCUAUCAAAAUGGGAGAGAGAACACAGUAUCGACAAAGCAUCUUGCCCCAUGUGGUCAGUCGAAUGUAUCACAGGAUAAUGGCAAAGUCAGCAUAAAUGAGCAUUUACCUAAAGAACUGCCUGCGUUAGAAUCGGGAGCUGAAAGUCCUCCUCAGGACAUAGCUGACCCCCAACCCCUGCGUCGUUCAGAACGUAUCCGCCGUCCUGUGGAUAGACUGGAACUUUAAAGAAAGGGGUGACUGUUAUGAACUAUGACUAUUCGUUGGGUUGAACAACAACUUGUUAACUUGUUAACUUUGUUAGGUCAGCGGUUUUGUUAGGUCAGCGGUUUUGUUAGGUCAGCGGCUUUGUGUUGUUAGGCCGCUAUUUUGUUUUUUGUAAGCACGUGUGGUAGCCUUCGUUCUUAUUGCUUAGUAAAGCCUAUUAUCUACGGCAAUGACUAGUUAAUAUUUAUUACAAUAAGAUCUAGUGCAUCAAAUACGGCCCAUUUAAAGACUUAGAAGUCAGUCGAAAUUUGUUUUUAAGGUGUCCAAGGGUUGUCAAUUUAUCCAGAUGAUGCUGAUGAAGAUGGAGAACUUAUAAUUGAAUAAUUAAACUUUCCAAGUUGCUAGAAAAGUUUUUGAGAACAUUUGUAUGACAUUUUUAUAACAAAAAUUUGCCAAGAGCAUUUUUAAAACAUGUUUCGCUUCAAAUUUUAAUAAGCCCCCCUCUCUAAUAAACCUCUUCUCUUUAAAGUCCCCCUUUAGGACUGAAAAAAAUAAAUAAGCCCCGUGGGGGGAGCUUAAUAGAGCUUUUACGGUAUGUUUGUUAGAAAUAAAAGGCUUUAGAUUACUAAAAGAAAAAGGAUCAUUAGGGCUGUCACCAUAGGGGGGUGUGAAGGUUGUGGCACCCGCUUGAAAAACAAUUCCGUUGAAACAAGGGAUUUUCUGACAUCCAGAGGUGCUUAGACGGCAAAUUUAGAGGCAAACCUGUCGGCGAAUAAAGCAUGGUUCAGCCACGUUGUCGGCAAAUGGGACCUGAAAUACCCCCUUGAGCAAAAUAACUAGCGGAGGACCAUGCUCAAAGAUUUUUUGAGUUGAUUGAAACCGUCGUAAAAGGUAAGAUUUGAUGAUUCUUACUAACUCUCGAAUAAUUAAGCUUAAAAAGCCGCUUUUAAGAAUGUUGUAUGGUAGUCCUUCCUUUAAUUUUUAAACAAGUUUCCUUAACAAAA